UUGUUUUUUAAAUAAGCAAAAGCUAGCAAAGCAAUCAAGUGAUGUUCGUCAUAUGGAAAAAGCUUCAGAAAACACAAUUUGGCUUUUCUUUCAGCGCUUUAAGUUCUUUUCCAACUUUUUCUAAAGAUUUAGUCAAGAAAAGAGCGCCAUUCGGUCAGCUCAUAGCAAAACAAGUGAAUUGGCGGCUAUUUUUAAGUGAUAAAGCGGAUAGAGAUUUUCAUAAAAUUAUGAUACCAACAACAAAGCUAAAUAAUGACGUCGAAAUGCCAGUGAUUGGUUUUGGCACUUGGCGUAUGCCGACCAAUGAGGUGACACGUUUGGUCAAGGACGCCAUAGAUGUCGGCUACCGGCACAUUGAUUGUGCCGAUGUUUAUGGUAAUCAAAAAGACGUGGGUCUAGCAAUUGAGGAGAAGAUCAAAGCGGGUGCGGUGGAGCGAAAGGAUCUUUUCAUCACAGGCAAGCUCUGGAACACCAAGCACGAUCCACAAUUAGUGUGUGCUACUUGUCAAAAUGCGUUGAAUGAAUUAAAGAUUACCUACUUCGAUAAUUAUCUUAUACAUUGGCCCACCGGUUUUGUAGAUAGCGAAGAAAAAUAUCCAUUAGAUGCGAAUGGUCAGACAUUAUUUUCGAACAUCGAUUACGUUGACACUUGGCGUGCUCUGGAAGCGUUGGUAGAUGCUGGGCUCUGCCGUUCGAUUGGUUUGUCCAAUUUCAAUGUUGAACAAAUAAAACGUGUAUUCGAGGUGGCACGUAUAAAGCCCGCCAAUUUACAAAUCGAAUGCCAUCCGUAUUUAAAUCAAAGUGAACUAAUCGAUUUCUGUCGCAAAUGCAAUAUUGUGGUUACAGCAUACAGCCCUUUGGGAUCGCCACAUUCGCCCUACAACAAACCGGGAACUUAUAAACUGCUGGAACAUCCUUUGAUUGUGGACUUGGCGCUGUCGUAUAAGCGAGCGCCGGCUCUCAUAUUGUUGCUUUAUCAAAUACAACGCGGCAAUGCUGUGAUAACAAUGUCUACGAAACGUGAGCACAUGGCUGAUAAUCUCAAUGCGUGUAGUUUCGAAUUGAAUGAAACGGAAAUGAAGAGAAUUGACGAGCUGAAUUUCAAUGGGCGUUAUAAUCUGAUGGAGAACGCCAAAGGACAUCCUCAUCAUCCAUUUGAAUAUUGAAGGCAUUGCUACAGAUAUAUUUAUAUUGAUAUAAUUAAAGC